AUGCCUCCCCGGAUCCCAACCCCAGAAGACUUCACUCAAGUCCAAAAACUCCUCCCCCUAACCCUAGCCUUCCCAAACCCCCCAGAAUCCACAACCGCAAUCCUCCUCCUCUUCCACGGUCUAGGCGACUCCGAGGCCCCCUUCGCCUCCUUCGCCCGCGCAAUGUCCCUCCCGGGCGUCCUCUCCAUCUCCCUUCGCGGUCCUUCCCCGCUACCUCCAUCCAUGCUGCCCGACGAUGAUGGCUCCGCAAACUCCGCCGCCGGCGCACCGGGCCACUUCCACUGGGGCGACGACAUCACCUUCGACCCCUCCACAGACGCCCUCGCCACGGACCCAGGCUUCUCCAAAUCCUCCACCCUAGUCGUGGACCACCUCAUCCGCGACACCCUCAUCGCCCGCUGCGGCUGGGAGCUCAGCGACAUCAUCCUCUUCGGCUUUGGCCAAGGCGGGUCCUUGGCCUUGGGCAUCGCAUCGCAGCUCCGUCUCGGCCCAAAAGUCGUCGACGUGACGGAUCUUUCCCCUAGUUCCUCCACCACUGCUCCUACCGCUUCUGCAUCGAAACCAAAGAGGAACGACAGCCACUUUGACGAAAACACGCUCAAAGGCGUCCUUUCCAUCGGAGGCCCCCUACCGCCCUCCAUGGUUCCCACAGUCAGCGCGCGGGGCAAGUGCAAGACGAAAGCGUGUCUCGUCCAGCUUAACGACGACGCCUUUGAUGCUGUAAAGGAAGAGUUCCUCGACGUCAGGCUCGUCAAGUGGAAAAGGAAAGACGUGGCUAUGCCCCGUGAUCGGGAGGAGAUGUUCCCCCUCAUGAAGUUCUUUGCGGAAUGCCUCAAGAGCGGUUGGUGA